UAGAAAUAUUUUCUAAAGAAAUAUACAAGAUUAUUAUUAUCCCAAAUUUUAAUCUUUAUAUUUUAUACUACUAUAAUCUUUACUAGCAUAAAGAUUGUGGUAGACUCCGGCGUUGUUCGUGUGUCAAAGUUGGAGACCGGACGCUUGAACGGUUACGUUUGCACUUUCAACGCUCUUUCUACAACUUCUUCGUUUUACCGCUUACGGAGAAAGUUUCAUAGGUCUUUAGUGUAUGAUUAUAAAGACAGCCUUACUGCCUGUUUGCAUCCUUAAAGACAGCCUUGCUGCUGCCUGUUUGCUUAGUGGAACUGCGAUACAUGCCACUGUCCAGAGAAGUUUGGUUGGAACUUUUGAGAAGCGGAUAAAUGAAGGCUAUGAGAGAAUACCUGUGCAUGGUCUUAAGUUGACUACUAUUUCAGAGAUUUUGAAGGCAGACUCAAACUACCCAUAUUUACUUGACACUAUGGGGGUCCUAACUGCUGUGGGCAAGCAAAAAGAAAUUGUUAAAGAGUCCAAAAGGACAAAGAUGAUCGAGAUUCAGUUGGAAGCGGAUGGGGCGACGUUAGAUAUAACACUGUUUGGGGAAUACAUUGACAAGAUCAAAAGCUUCUUUGGGAGACAACCAUUGGAAAAUGCGAUCAUUGUGAUUCAAUAUGCAAAGCUGAAAACUUUUCAAGGAAAGAUAAUUUUGCAGAAUGUCAUGUACGGAACGCGUCUUCUGUUAAAUCCUGAAAUAGAAGAGGUUGUUGCAUUCCGACAAAGGGUUAUUGGUGUGGCAAGGAACCGUCAACCUCUUGAGUUGGCCUGUGAUGACAUAACAGUCGUGCAACAAAAUGAAUUUUUGGAUGCGAAGCGAACAACAACAAUCUCUUUGCUGAAGGAUGGUAUUGAGUUAUCUGUUAGAGAUGAUUCCAGUUCAACUAUCUUUGUGUUAUUUGACCAUGAAGCCUCUUUGAUUUUAAAUACGUCAUGCUCCCUUUUGUUGGAAAAGACAGAUAGUGAUGGAAACACUGAAAAUCCACAAGAGUUUGUUGAUUUUUUGUUGGACCUGGGGAAAAAUCCUCGCAGCACACCUUCUCAAUGGGCGAUGCAUCAUCAUGUGUGAAGAAUUUAAUUGAAGAUUUUGUGGAAUCAAAGGAUAAUCACUUU